CAAAAUGAUUACUCUGUUUUGUUUGAAAUGAAACUUUUGAAAGGGGGUAAUUUUUUUUUAUUACUUUCUUAAUAAUUUAUUGAGGGAUUAAAAAACUUCAGGGGUUUGAGGCCAGAAAUUUUUCAUCGCUAACAUAAUCAGAUAUACUACAUGAGAUUACAGAUUCCAUAUGCGAAAUUCAAAACAAGUGGCAGAAUUUAGCCAUCUGUUAGACAUGCAAAAAUCAGCAACGCUCACCAUCAUUUCUCCUCACCGUACUAAUGUCCAAAAAGCCUCAUGAACUCCAAACCUCAAAAGCUCAAACUGGGAAAACGGGAGUAAAUACACAGAAAGCAAACUGAAAAUCUAAUCACAUUAUCUUGAGGCAAUCCCACCCCUUCAUUCUCAAAAACCAGAACAAAAUACACUCGCUUCACUUCAAACCGGUGAAGAAACAAAACCAUUAGAAUCUGAACCAAAAUGACGUCAAUUGCCCUCAAACACUUCAUCGGGCUCCGUCACACCACGCCGGAGACAAACUCCGUUACCCUCCCCAAAACCCUCUCCGCCACCGUCGAAACCCGGCGCGCCCGAGGGAUUAAUGCGGCCAAAACUAGCCCGAAAAUCACCGGCCGGAACCUCCGGGUGGCGGUCAUUGGCAGUGGCCCAGCUGGUGGUUCCGCCGCGGAGACGCUGGCGAAGGGCGGGAUUGAGACCUUCCUCAUUGAACGGAAGAUGGACAACUGCAAGCCCUGCGGCGGCGCUAUCCCGCUGUGUAUGGUUGGGGAAUUCGACCUCCCGCUUGACAUCAUUGACCGGCGAGUCACCAAGAUGAAGAUGAUUUCUCCGUCAAACGUUGCCGUUAACAUCGGACAGACUCUUAAACCCCAUGAGUACAUCGGAAUGGUCCGCCGGGAAAUCCUCGACGCCUACCUCCGGGACCGAGCCGCCACCGCCGGAGCCACCGUGAUUAACGGCCUGUUCCUGAAAAUGGAUCUGCCCUCUUCCCCAACAGCUCCCUACGUCCUGCACUACACCGACUACAACACAAAAACCGGCGGCGCAGGCGAGAAGAAAACAAUGGAGGUGGACGCCGUCAUCGGAGCCGACGGAGCCAACUCCCGAGUGGCAAAAUCAAUCAACGCCGGGGAUUACGAAUACGCCAUAGCAUUCCAAGAGCGUAUCAGAAUCCCGGACGAGAAGAUGAAGUACUACGAGAAUCUCGCCGAGAUGUACGUCGGCGACGACGUCUCGCCGGAUUUCUACGGGUGGGUCUUCCCCAAAUGCGACCACGUCGCGGUCGGAACAGGGACCGUAACCCACAAGACCGACAUCAAGAAAUUCCAGCUGGCGACCCGAAUCCGGGCACAGGACAAGAUCACCGGAGGGAAAAUCAUCCGGGUCGAAGCCCAUCCAAUCCCGGAGCACCCACGACCCAGGAGACUCUUAGACCGGGCUGCACUCGUCGGCGACGCGGCGGGGUACGUCACGAAAUGCUCCGGCGAGGGGAUCUACUUCGCGGCGAAGAGUGGCCGGAUGUGUGCGGAGGCAAUCGUGGAAGGAUCAGAGAACGGGAAAAGGAUGGUGGAAGAGAAAGAUUUGAGGAAGUAUUUGGAAGUGUGGGACAAAACGUACUGGCCGACAUACAAGGUGCUGGACAUUCUGCAGAAGGUGUUUUACCGGUCGAAUCCCGCGAGGGAGGCGUUCGUCGAGAUGUGCGCCGACGAAUACGUUCAGAAGAUGACAUUCGACAGCUAUUUAUACAAGAAAGUUGCUCCUGGGAACCCAAUUGAGGAUCUAAAAUUGGCUGUCAAUACAAUUGGGAGUUUGGUCAGGGCUAAUGCUCUGAGAAGGGAGAUGGAUAAGCUUACAGUAUGAUUAUUAUGAGAAAAUUAUUUUGGAGAAAUUAGCAUUGAUAUGUAAUGAAAUUGAGGACUGUUUAAACUCUAAAUUGAUUCUAUAGUUUUUUCAAUUGAUUCCUGUUCUUCAUUAUAUCCUUGUCCAUAAAAUACAUUGUAGUAGUAUAUAGCAAUGUUUUGUGAAUCCCACGUCGGUGGAUUUAGCUUUGUAAAAUCUGUUUAAAUCAAAGUUGUUUUGGGCAUGUCCUUCAAAUGCCAAAAGAGGAGACUUCCCAAAAGGACCAAAGGCGAAGAACCUUAACUGGACGGGCUUCGAUCCUGGGUUUAAGUCCAAGCCCCGAUGAACCUUGUGUCAUGAUAUGGGAUUUUAUGAAAAUUUAAAAAUUAAAAUAAGAAAUAGAUUUCAGAUUUAGAGUUCAGAGGGUGAGGGUUUAAGAAUUGGGGAAGAAAAAAGAGAAAGGGGAAGAAUGAGAUACAGAAGGGAGAAGGUCGGAACAGGAGAAAAUUUCAGAAAUU